AUGCCAGGAGCAGUUCGAAAAGGGAGGGCCGGGGUCAGCAGAGGCGGCAGUACAACUGGGGACGUUUUACAAUCACGGGGUGGGGGUAGCAAAGAACGAAGCGGAGGCAGCACGACUAUACAAGCACGGGCUGCAAAACGGGGCGCUCGAUUCGUCGGCGGCGUUCCAACUCGGGAUAAUCUACACACACGGAGCGGCAGGCAUCGAGGCGGACGCGGCGGAGGCGGUGCACUGGUGGCGGUUGGCGGCGACUCUCGGGAACUCGGCGGCGAUGUUCAACCUCGGCGUGAUGGCGAUGAACGGGACCGGAUGCGACAUGGACCCGAUUGCGGCAUUGCGCUGGUGGCGCGAGGCAACAGCGCUCAACCCCUCCCUCAAGCCGCCGUUGCUGUCCAAGGCGCAAGUGGAAGAGCGAGUAGCGCUCGCCGCCAAGCAAAAGAAGGAGCGGUUAAAAGCGGCCAUGUCCCCCGAGGAGAAGCAGCGGCGGCGCGAGGAGGCGCUGCAGAAGGCGCGCACGGUCGUGCAAACCGUCACAUGCCUUGCGGCGGUCGUCACGUCCGCGGUAGUAAUACGGUACUGGUGGCGCAACCGGCUGUAGACGCGGCGGGUGCAUGCACCCCCGGACGACGAAGGGUGCGUAGAAGAAACAGGGCGUGCGGUUUGACGACAAGGCCGCAGGGUGCACACGUAUAAACAUGCAAGCACACACUUUA